AUGUCUGGAAUACAACCCAGGAAACCUGAAAUUCCGUCAGCUGCAAAUAAGGAAGCUAAUGAGUAUAUUCCUUCAUUUAUAUCAAAGAAGCCCUUCUACAUUGGCGAAGACGACGAUCAGAAUGAUUACCUGGAGCACCAACGUCUUCAGAAAGCUCAGUCUGAACAAUCCAAAUGGUACGAUCGCGGUAAAAAGCUGAAAGCUGCGACCAAAUUUCGCAAAGGUGCUUGCGAAAAUUGCGGCGCAAUGACACACAAAACCAAGGAAUGUUUGAGUCGACCACGAGCGAAAGGUGCCAAAUGGACCGGCAAAGACAUACAAGCAGAUGAAGUAAUUCAGGAUAUUAAAAUGGGCUGGGAUGCCAAAAGGGAUAGGUGGAAUGGAUACGACUCGAAGGAGUACAAGACUGUCACAGAUGAGUAUACCCAGCUAGAAGAAUUAAAGAAGAAAGUAUAUGCAAAGAAAGGAGAUGAAGAUGACGACAGCGAAGAUGAUGCAAAGUAUGCGGAAGAGUCGGAUAUGGGAAGGCAGCAGAGCACAGCAACCCGACAGCUACGUAUACGAGAAGAUACUGCCAAGUACUUAUUAAAUUUAGACCUCGAUUCAGCUAAAUAUGACCCUAAAACUAGAUCUAUGGUCGAUAGUGGUGCAACUGUUGAUAAAGCUGCUGCGUUGGUUGCUGAGGAAGGUUUCAUGAGGGCUUCUGGAGAUGCGGCAGAGUUUGAGAAAGCACAAAAGUAUGCAUGGGAAUCACAAGAAAAGUCAGGGAACACCAAGCUGCAUCUUCAGGCUAAUCCAACAUCUGGGGAGUACUUUAGGAGGAAAGAAAAAGAAGAAACCCUGGCCAAGAGGCAGGAGCGUGCAAAGAUGCUACUCGACAAGUAUGGCGGGCAAGAAGUCCCCGCUCUAUCUAAACUACAGGCCUCAACUAUCAUUGAAUCUGAAAAAUAUGUGGAAUAUGAUUCGUCCGGUGCUAUCAAAGGGUUGCCUAAAGAUGCAGGCAAGUCAAGAUACGCAGAAAAUAUACUGAACAACAAUCACACGUCAGUCUGGGGGAGUUGGUGGUCAAACUUUGAGUGGGGGUAUGCUUGUUGUCACUCGAAGAUCAAGAAUUCUUACUGCACGGGUGUAUCUGGAAUAUUGGCUUAUGAAGAGGAAAACAAAUUGCUGAUUUCAAACUUUUCGGGCGUUAAAAAAUUGGAAGGGCAGACUUUGCGGCUCCAGGAGGAUGAUUCUACGACUGAUAGGACCAGCGCGCGUGAGUUAGCAUUAAAACGAGACAUAGAUCAAGUUGAGUCGAUUCAACCACAUGAUUACGCGGAACAGUCUAAAAAAAUUUGCGUUUCUGUUCGUAAUUCAUAA